ACUACAUAUAAAUGCAUAGGUGUCUUGUUGGAAAUGACCGUGUAGUCCUGUUUCUGGUAUAAUACUUUUGGUAGCUCAACUGAAAAAACAAAUCUCCAUGGGAUCAAAGAACAGGAAUCUGGCUCUGGGUUUGUUUGCCUUCGCUGUGUUCUUAAUCUCAGGUGUCAAAUCCUGGACUGGUGAGAUUCAUGGUAGAGUUGUCUGUGAUGUUUGUGCCGAUUCUUCAAUUGGACCUGAAGAUCAUGUUUUAGAAGGCGCUGAGGUUGCUGUUCUUUGCAUUACAAAAUCUGGGGAAGUAGUAAACUAUCAAGCUUUCACAAAUACAAAGGGGAUCUACACUGUGGCUGAAACAAUGCCCGAGAGUGACCGUUGGGAUGCAUGCUUAGCACGACCCAUCAGUAGUUUCCAUGACCACUGCAACCAUCUUGGGGAGGGCAGCACCGGAGUCAAGUUCACCUACAAUCGUCCGUCAGGUCAUUUUCACACUGUCAGACCUUUCGUUUAUCGACCCACCAGCGCUCCGACCUACUGCAUAUAAUAUGCUAGUCAAUGCGUGUACUUUAGUUGCUAUCGAGGAUGUCUUAACAGAAUCAAACGAAACAAAUCCUAUUUAAUGUUGUAUUUUAUAUGUGCUUCUCAAUACUCAAAUGUGCAUGUUUCUGAUAUUCACCAUGUUCUAUCUUGUGGCCUACCUGUGACAAACAAAGAAUUACAAGUACCCUUGCUGUAAGGUGGUAUGAGCCAUGUCUGUUCACAUCU